GCUUACGAGUCCUUGUUCACGGCUACGCGAUGCGUGGCGCGGCGGCUGUGAUGACAGCCUUGGAGCAGUGGUGUGGCGUCGCGGUGGCUCGACCGGGAGGCGGCGCGAGAUUGCGCAGCACUGUGAAUAGGAGUCACGCGAGUUGGAAAACGACGGCCGUGCCACGCCUGGCCGGCAGAUUGCACGCCUUUGUGUGCUGCAGCUGGAGAGGCUGCAGGCGACCUCCUCGAGAGCGUGGUGCAUUACCCGGCUCCCCUAGCGUGAGAUAUAUAUCGUACAGGCUGCACACGCCCAGACGACAGUCAUGGCGGCCAAUCGUCAGCGAACCUCCAGCAACGCGGGCGAGAAAGCCUUGAAAGCCCUGCAUGUAUUGAGACAGAGUGGCGUGGGCACGGUCCAAGCCGCGCGCUUAGAUGCCGUGAGUAAGUCGCUCGCGCUCAGCGACCCCACGGACAAAAGUCCUGAUGACGUGGUUGGGCGCCUGACGCUCGACGCGGAGACCGCGCGGCGACUCGUCGACGCCAUCCAGACCACGCCGCCGCCGUUGUCAGAAGCGGGCUUCGGGCCCUUACGCGCGCGCAAUGCUUCGAAGCGCGCCUGCGACGCGGCCUAUUCCCUCUUAGAGUUUGCACGGCGCGGCGCGUGCGACGGCGCAUCCCUGCUCCUCGAAGCCGGCUUCGUCCCGGCCGCGGUCGAGGCCUACCACCGCGCCGUGUCUGUGGCGCUCGGUGGCGCCGCGGACGCGCCGCUGACUGUCGAGAAGAUCGACGCCUUCAUGCUCGCUCAGAGCUGUGCCGACGCGCUCGAGAAGGUCAGCUACUGCACGGACCCUCUUUUUUCGGGAAACCCGCACGCGCUAGGGACGUCGCGGGACGCCGUCUGUGGAGAAUAUGCGUCGCUGGGCAUCCUCAGUCCCAUCUCGGUCGUGUUCGCGGCACGCGGCGACUCGCCGCAGCUCGCGAGUCUGCGCGAGGCCACGUUCCGUUUGUUGCGUGAGCUCUUCAUGGGAAUCAGCGACCGUUCGCUGGUCGAUGCGUCGCUGGUCACGGCCCUUGGCGCUUGCCUCGGCGGCGGCGAUGAAAAGGCCGCCGCGAGUGCUGUGUGCGCGCUAUUUUCGCUCGUGGACCUCACCGGCAGGGCCUCGGGCCAGGACCUCACCGACGCGGCCUUACAGGCCUUCUGCACGCCCGAAAUGGUCGGUGCCAUCGUAGACAUGCUGGCGCGCGGGCACGCUGUGGCUUGCGGCCACAUCAUCCAGCUCCUGGUCAAGUCGACGCCGCACGCUCGCGCGUUCGCGACAAGGCGCGUCGUCGGCGCGCUCCUACAGGUCGUUUCUCUCGACGGCGCCGCGCUCGCGGCCUAUACGGAGCAGUUGCGCGGCAAAGAGCAAUUUUUUCGUGUAGCAAUUCACGCUGGUUUCCCGCCCGCGGCUGGCGGCCCGACAUGGAGCGCCAAUUUGGGAUCUCCGACCGACAUGGAGCACCGGGUCUCGGCGGCCGAACAGUGUGUCGAAACGCUGUCGGCCAUGCUGGACGCCGGCUUGCUCUCUCGCGCACUCGCCGCCGACGUCAUCGUCCCGCUGGUCGAGAAGCUCCGCGCGAGCUGCGUCAAUCCGACGCCGGGCCCGAAUCUCUACGAACUUCGGCAUGUGUGCUUGGGUGUCCUCGAGGCGCUCGCGCCGCGCCACGCCAACGCGAUCGUCGCCGCGGGCGGCGUCGACGUGGCCGUCGAUUUGUUGAAGCAGCUGAAGCUGCCCGGGUCGACGGCGAGGCCCGAGCUGACGAGAGCGGCCGCGAGGAACGUCUGCGCGUUUCUCGAUCCACUCAUCGAGGCCGCCACGCCCGUCGACGCCAACAGGGCCCGCCUCGAGCUGAAGGCAUUCGCGUCCCGCGAAAGUCCCGAGUUCGGGACCUUUUGCGAAUACGCCGGAAACUCUCGCGGCUGGUUCGACCGGCAGCUCGUGGCCGCGCCCGGCGGCCCGCCGGACUGGCUCCAGGAGGCAUUAUUGCAGCAGCAGGGAAACUGAGUACAUGUAAUAAGUAAAAUUUACAGUGA